AAAUUCAUGCACUUUCUCUGGCCAGGCUGCCGCAUUGUGGACUGUAGGAUGGGUUUGAUUUGAGGCGAAACCUGAGACCCCACUACACGAGGCUAGAGUUCUAAAGUUGCUCGCUCUUAUCCAAAGUAGUAACGGCAAACAGUUCCGACAAGACUGUUCCCCGUCACCAUUCUCUGCAAGUAGUGACUUUGGUCAGACUUAGACCGUUGAAAAUUGUCACUUCCAAAUGGCAAACAAUAUCAUACGUAACCGCACAACAACUGCUACUGCUGCAACUGCUACUCACUUUCUCCACUUCCAUCUAGAUAUGGGUGAGCACACAAACACUACCACAACAACAAAAACAGAACAAAGUCUGGUUUUUGCAGUUAAUGGACAGCGGUUUGAGCUCUCUGAAGUUGAUCCUUCUACUACUUUGCUUGAGUUCUUGCGUUCCCAGACCUCUUUCAAAAGUGUCAAGCUUGGCUGUGGUGAAGGAGGCUGUGGUGCCUGUGUUGUCCUACUGUCCAAGUAUGACCCUGUGCAUGACAAGGUUGACGAUUUUACUGUUAGUUCAUGCCUCACACUACUUUGUAGUGUAAAUGGAUGUUCAAUCACAACAGCUGAGGGGGUUGGAAAUAGCAAGGAUGGGUUUCACCCCAUUCAAGAAAGAUUCAGUGGUUUCCAUGCUUCUCAAUGUGGUUAUUGUACUCCCGGAAUGUGUGUUUCUCUUUAUUCAGCACUUGUCAAUGCUGAUAAGACGAAUAGGCCAGAACCACGUCCUGGAUUCUCCAAGCUAUCAGUUUCUGAAGCAGAAAAGUCUAUUGCAGGAAAUCUUUGUCGCUGUACUGGUUACCGACCCAUUGUUGAUGCCUGUAAAACUUUUGCUGCUGAUGUUGAUAUGGAGGAUUUGGGAUUAAACUCCUUUUGGGAAAAAGGAGAAAGUGAUGAAGCAAAGCUUAGUAGAUUACCUCCAUACCAUCAUAAUAAUGCAACUUGUACAUUUCCUGAGUUUCUGAAGAAGGAAAUUACGGCAGGUGUCAAUCUGGCAUCUGAAGGAUAUUAUUGGUAUAGUCCUGUUAGUCUUGAGCAGCUUCAAAGCUUAUUGCAAAUGGAUGAGGAGAAUGAUGGAACCUCAACAAAGAUUGUUGUUGGUAACACAGGAAUGGGUUAUUAUAAGGAAGUAGUACAUCAUAACAAGUACAUUGAUUUGAGAUAUAUUCCAGAGCUAUCAAUCAUCAGGAAAGACCUGGCAGGGAUUGAAAUUGGAGCAUCUGUGCCAAUUUCUAAAGCUGUUGAAGCUAUGAAGGAAGUAAAUGAAGGUGAAUUUAACCAAGAAGGUAAACUAGUCUUCAAAAAACUUGCUGACCAUAUGGAAAGGAUUGCUUCAGGGUUUAUAAGGAAUUCAGCUAGUAUAGGAGGAAACCUGAUAAUGGCUCAGAGGAAACAUUUUCCAUCAGAUAUUGCUACAAUACUACUUGCUGUGGAUACAAUGGUUGAUAUAUUGACCGGUCAGAGACAUGAAAAGAUCACGCUGGAAGAGUUCCUUGGGAGGCCUCCAUUAGUUUCCAAAAGUGUUCUUGUAAGCAUCAAAAUUCCAUGCUGGAAGUCAAGUAGGGAUAUUUCUUACUUGCUAUAUGAAACCUACAGAGCUGCACCACGCCCUAUUGGAAAUGCACUUUCCUAUUUGAAUGGUGCUUUCUUGGCUGAGGUUUCUCUUUGUAAAAAUUCUGCUGGAAUUAUUCUAAAUAACUGUCGGUUGGCUUUUGGUGCUUAUGGAACAAAACAUUCAAUCAGAGCGAGGAAAGUUGAAGAGUUUCUAUCUGCAAAAUUGCUAAAUGUAGGUGUUCUAUAUGAGGCUAUUAAACUCGUUGAAAGUACUGUAUUACCUGAAGACGGGACCUCCUGUCCAGCUUAUAGAUCCAGCUUGGCUGUUGGCUUUCUCUUUGAGUUCCUAAGUCCCUUUAUUAACAACCCAGCAGAUACUAAUAGCUUUCAACGUGAUGGAUCUAAUAGCUCUUUGCUGUUCAAGGAUUCCAAAAUAAAACAGAAUUUUGACCAGUUUGAUCAAAUCAAAUCCUCAACUUUGUUAUCAUCUGCAAAGCAGGUGAUUCAGUUGAGUGAAGAAUACCAUCCGGUUGGAAAGCCAAUUACAAAAGCUGGAGCCACCAUCCAAGCUUCGGGUGAGGCCGUUUAUGUGGAUGACAUUCCAUCUCCAAGAAAUUGCCUACAUGGAGCAUUUAUUUAUAGCACAGAGCCUCUGGCGCGGGUGAAGGGCAUAAAAUUUAAGCCCGGAUCAUCACUUGACGGAGUCACCACACUUAUUUCUUUCAAAGACAUUCCUGGGGAGAAUGUAGGUUCUCAGACCAUGUUUGGUAGUGAACCUUUAUAUGCAGAUGAGCUUACUCAAUGUGCCGGUCAGCGCAUUGCCUUAGUGGUUGCAGAUACACAGAAAAAUGCAGACAUGGCAGCCAACCUUGCAGUGAUUGAUUAUGACAAGGAGGAUCUAGAACCAAUAUUAUCUGUAGAAGAGGCUUUUGAGAGAUGUAGUUUUUUUGAGGUCCCUCCUUACCUUUACCCUGAACAAGUUGGUGAUUAUUCAAAGGGAAUGGCUGAAGCCGAUCAUCAAAUUCUCUCUGCUGAGAUCAAACUUGGAUCACAAUACUAUUUCUAUAUGGAGACACAAACUGCUCUUGCUGUGCCAGAUGAAGACAACUGCAUGGUAGUAUACACUUCAAGUCAAUGCCCUGAGACUGCACAUGAUACAAUAGCUAAAUGCCUUGGUGUUCCUGGACACAAUGUUCGUGUGAUUACAAGAAGGGUCGGAGGAGGAUUUGGUGGAAAGGCCAUAAAAGCAAUGCCUGUUUCUACGGCAUGCGCUCUUGCUGCCUACAAACUAAACCGUCCAGUCAGGAUGUAUGUCAAUCGCAAGACUGAUAUGAUAAUGGCAGGGGGAAGGCAUCCAAUGAAAAUAACUUACAGUGUAGGAUUCAAAACUAACGGGAAGAUCACAGCCCUUAAACUUGAUAUACUAAUUGAUGCAGGGAUGUCACCUGAUAUAAGUCCAAUUAUGCCACAUAAUAUACUUGGUUCACUUAGAAAGUAUGACUGGGGUGCAUUAGCUUUCGAUAUAAAGGUAUGCAAAACAAACCUUCCAAGUAGAUCGGCAAUGAGGGCCCCUGGGGAGGUACAGGCAUCAUUUAUUGCUGAAGCUAUAAUUGAACAUGUUGCAUCUGCCCUUGCCCUGGGAGUGGAUUCUGUCAGAAAUAUUAAUCUCCAUAACUACGAAAGCCUUGAAUUAUUUUUCAAAACCAGUGCCGGUGAACCUUUGGAGUAUACUUUACCUUCUAUAUGGGAUAAGUUGGCCAUGUCUUCAAGCUUUUACCAUAGGACUGAAAUGAUAAAAGAAUUUAAUAGGUGCAAUAAGUGGCGGAAAAGGGGAAUUUCUCGAGUGCCUAUUGUGCACCACGUAAUGUUGAGAGCAACACCAGGGAAAGUAAGCAUUCUACAUGAUGGAUCUAUUGUUGUUGAAGUUGGGGGAAUUGAGCUGGGUCAGGGUCUCUGGACAAAGGUAAAACAGAUGACUGCAUAUGCUCUUAGUUUGGUCCAAUGUGGUGGAACAGAAGAACUUUUGGAGAAGGUGAGGGUCAUACAAGCUGAUACCUUGAGUUUAAUUCAAGGUGGUUUCACUGCUGGCAGCACAACAUCCGAGUCGAGCUGUGAAGCUGUAAGACUUUGCUGCAAUAUCUUGGUUGAGAGACUUACUGCUCUCAAGGAAAAAUUGGUAGAGCAAAUGGGAUCUAUAAAAUGGGAGACAUUGAUUCUUCAGGCCUAUGGGAGUUCUGUGAACUUAUCAACAAAUUCAUUAUAUGUACCAGACUUCUCUUCCAUGCAAUACUUAAAUUAUGGUGCUGCAGUGAGUGAGGUGGAGGUAAACCUUUUAACUGGCCAAACCACAAUAUUACAGACAGAUAUCAUAUAUGAUUGCGGCCAAAGCCUGAAUCCUGCUGUGGAUUUGGGACAGAUUGAAGGAGCUUUUGUUCAAGGAAUAGGGUUCUUUAUGCUUGAAGAAUACCCCACAAACUCAAAUGGCUUAGUGGUGGCGGAAGGCACUUGGACUUAUAAAAUCCCUACGGUGGACACUAUACCUAAACAAUUUAAUGUUGAAAUCCUGAACAGCGGACAUCAUAAAAAACGUAUACUUUCAUCAAAAGCUUCUGGAGAGCCACCGUUAACUCUAGCAGUUUCUGUACACUGUGCUAUAAGAGCAGCUAUAAAAGAAGCCAGGCAGCAACUUCAUUCAUGGGGUGGCUUAGACGAGUCUAAUUCUACAUUUCAGUUGGAGGUACCUGCCACCAUGCCUGUCGUGAAGGAGCUCUGUGGGCUUGAUAGUGUUCAGAGGUUCUUACAGUGGACAAUAAGCACCAAGUGAUGGGAUUCUGCAGGCUGUGUGGUUAAAUUUGUACUUAAAAACUUUUUCACACAAACUAUGCCAAGUCAGUUAGACAUCACUUACCCUAUUAUUGUACUUCAAGCAAGAUUGAAUUUAUAUUAUAAAGCACAGAAUUAGUUAA